AUGCCGCUGCACCUCGUGGUGCUCUUCGUCGUCUACGACUUCUUCUACACCCUCUUCCACUGGGGGCUGCACUGGCCGCCGAUUUACCCCCUCAUCCACAAGCACCACCACCGCCAGCUGACGCCGUUUCGCGGCAUCGACGACUCCAUCAACGACCACCCGUUUGAGUACGUCACCGGCGAGUACCUGCACCUCUUCGUCCUGUACCUGCUCACCCGCGUCACCCCCGUGGGGCAGGUGCACGCCCUGACCGCAGUGGUCUUCAUCUUCAUCGGCGGCACGCUGGCCGGCCUCAACCACACCCGCAUCGACGUGCGCAUCCCGUACCUCUUCAACGUCUGCGCCCACGACCUGCACCACGCGCAGUUUCACUACAACUAUGGCCAGUACAUUAUGCUCUGGGACUGGGUGUUUGGGACCUUCAAGAGCUACCCGGAGGACGCGAAGGCAGUAGCGGAGUAG